AUGGUUACUAUUAGCACUCUUUUCGUGUCGCUGUACAUUUCAGCGUCGUAUGUUGGCUCGAUUUACUCGAGUUCUCUCAAUUUGGAGGACUUCAAGAUGAAGCGGGAUGACCAGCGGGUGAUCAAAGCACGUAUGGGCCAGGUGUCAAAAGUUUUGAUGUUGAAUUGUUUGUUGGUCCCACUGUUGUGGCAUUUUAUGGGGCACAGCAGCAAUGGCUCGUUAUGGGCUAGCUUCAUGAAGAUGGGAUUGGUUCCUGGUUACUAUCUCGAUGGGGACUUUGAUCUCGUGUCGCACUGUCUUGAUAUUGUCAAAGCAGUGCUGUUACUGUGCUUACUUUACGUCGGUGUUCUUGCAGAUGUGUUUUUGUACUACUGCGUUGUUGAUUCAAAGAGCAGCAUGUGGGAGGAUUUGAGAUACGAGUUGGAUUCCUUGUGGGGGUUUAGAAACUACGUGUUUGCUCCUGUGACGGAGGAACUGUUUUACACUUCCAUGUUGAUCACUACGUACUUGUCUUUCAACACCAAAUCCGAUUCAAGCUUCAAAGAAUAUCUGUGGGAAACCCCACUAUAUUUUGGCCUUGCACACAUCCACCAUGCGUACGAGGAGAUGCAGACGGGGACAAACACUCUUCCAUCGAUCAUGUUGUCCACUUUAUUCCAGUUGACAUACACCACCCUCUUUGGAAGUUUAACAAACUAUACCUUUCUGUGCACAGGAGGGAACCUAUGGGCAUGCAUCGCCCUGCACUCUUUCUGCAACUUCAUGGGCUUCCCACAGUCGUCCAAGGUCAGUCAACACUACCAGUACACAGCACCAUUGAAGAACGAUGACACAUCGAUCAAAGCAAGAAUAAUCAGAGCAUGGUCCAAAAUAUAUAUCGCCUUGCUGAUCAUGGGAAUCCUGCUCUUCAAGGACUACUUGCCAGUGCUACUAAAUAAUUCACAACACAGAAUAACUUUAUAG